UCUCUCUUGCUCAUAUACUGAUAGAUAAAUCUGCUAGACGUGCAGGAUGAAGUUCGUUAUUGGUGACAAAACUUUCAUCGAACUUAUCCGUUGUAUUGUUGAUAGCAUUGGGAGACCUUGAGCAAUCUCAUAUUUAUGGUUUCAAGGGAGAAACAGUAAACUAUAAGGAGUACCAGUUCUGCUUUUAGCCAGCAAGAAGAGGAACCGGAAGCAAUCCUUCCAAUAUUCCAUGACGACCAAAAGCUACGGCCGAGUGUCGCGGUCUGCGUCAGCCAUCCUUGCCCUCACCGAGAGCGGGCAGCACCUUCUGAAGAUCGACGGCUAUUCCCACACCAAGGAUGUCCCAACCGGCAGCAACAUCAAGUCCCAGCCUUUCCGCGUGGGAGGCCACAACUGGUGCAUCCUCUACUACCCCAACGGCCUCUCCUCGGCUUGCUCCGACUACAUAUCCAUGUUCCUCCGGCUAGAAAGCAAUGUCCCACAAGGCGUGAGAGCCAAACACACGUUUAGCUUGCUUGAUCGCGAGGGGAAGCCGGUGCUGUACUUCACCACUGAGACAAGACAUACCACUGGUAUUGGCUGGGGCACCACGAGUUUAAUCAGGAGAGACGAGUUGGAGAGGUCUCAGCAUCUCCAGGACAACUGCUUCACGGUAGUGUGUGAUGUCACGGUCAUGAAGGAGAUUCAGACGAAGAGCAUCGACCUCGGCAAAACCUCGGUGGGGCCGGUGCCACCGUCGGACCUGCACCGUCACCUAGGCCGCCUCCUCGAGACCGGGGAGGGUGCGGACGUGACGUUCGAGGUGGACGGCACAACUUUCAUGGCGCACAGGUGCGUGCUCAUGGCUCGGUCUCCGGUGCUCCACGCUGAGCUCUCUGGCCUCACCAGGAAGAGCGCAGCAGCAACCAUCGUCGUACGGAUCGAGGACAUGGAAGCACAUGAUUUCGAGGCCUUGCUCCGCUACAUCUACACGGACUCCUUGCCGGAUAUGAAGCAAGGAGAAGCAGCGGCGAUGCUCCCGGACCUGGUUGCCGCAGCCAACAGGCUCCAGAUGGAGAGGCUAAGGCUGCUCUGCGAAGAGAAGCUGUGCGAGUUUGUCAAUGCCAGAACCGUGGCAAUCAUCCUAGCAUUCGCCAGGGACCACCAUUGCCAUGGGCUUAAGGAGGCAUGCUUGCAAUUCCUCAACGAUCAGGAAAAUCUAAGAGAGGCCGUCACGAUCCUGGAGGACCUAAUCGCCAAGCUUGCUACCAGUACUGGCUAGCAGCCUGCUCGUCAGUGACGAAAAAAAACUAUGUAUCAUGCUACUUACAUAUGUAAUUAAGAAGUCAAUAAGCAAUGUUAAAACAAAGUGACAAAAAGAGUGUGAUAAGACUAUAUUAAUAAGAUAGUAUUAAAAUAAAUCGGCACUUUC